UCGACGUGAUGACGUCAGAACUAGCGUGCAGCGUGAACCGAGCGUCAGAUGCAGCAGUCAGAGGUCGGCGGCUCCUCCAGCGUUCUGCUGGUCGAAGCGUUUUAUGGCGGCUCUCACAAACAGCUGAUCGACCUUCUGAAGGAGAACGUCGAUGGAUGCUCCGUCUUCACGCUGCCGGCCAAGAAAUGGCACUGGAGAGCGAGAACAGCAGCUCUGUACUUCAGCCAGACCAUUCCUGUCUGUUCAUCAUACAGGGUUUUGUUUAGCAGCUCGGUUCUGAACCUUUGUGAGCUGGUAGCUCUCCGACCCGAUCUGGCCCGUCUGAAGAAGGUCCUGUACUUCCAUGAGAACCAGCUGGUCUACCCGGUCCGUAAAGACCAGGAGCGAGACUUCCAGUACGGAUACAACCAGGUGCUCUCAUGCCUGGUGUCGGAUGCGGUGGUCUUUAACUCCCGCUUCAACAUGGAGUCCUUCCUGUCCUCCAUCGGCUCGUUCAUGAAGAAGAUCCCAGACCACAGACCCAAAGACCUGGACAGGCUGAUCCGUCCAAAGUGUGUGGUUCUGAACUACCCGGUCCAGUUCCCUGAUGUCAGCAGUCUGCUGCCUGAACACAAACUGAGACGUCUUCACCGCUCUGCAGAGGCCAAUCAGCAGCAGACGUCGAGGUGUGAGGAGGAUCCAUCAUCUGAUCCCAGAACCGUUCUGAUACCUGUGGACCAGGUGAAGCCUCUACACAUUGUGUGGCCUCAUAGGUGGGAACAUGACAAGAACCCGGAGCUGUUCUUCAACACUUUGAUCAAACUGAAGGAAAAACAACUGGAUUUCCAGCUGUCAGUGUUGGGAGAGACGUUCACCGAUGUGCCAGAGAUCUUCUCCUCCGCCCAGCAGCUGCUCCAGUCCAACAUCCUGAACUGGGGCUUCCUGCCCAGUAAGGACCAGUAUCUGAAGGUGCUGUGUGACGCCGACGUCGUUGUCUCCACCUCCAAGCACGAGUUCUUCGGAGUGGCAAUGUUGGAAGCAGUUCACUGUGGAUGUUUCCCUCUGUGUCCAAAGGCUCUGGUGUAUCCUGAAAUAUUCCCAGAUCAGUACCUGUACUCGACCCCUGAGCAGCUCUGUAAGCAUCUGCAGGAACUCUGCAGGAGGCCCGACCUCGCCCGUAGACAUGUCGUCAUGGUGGACACCUCAUUGUACUCCUGGACCUCUCUAAAACCACAAUUCCAGGCUCUCCUAUCUGCGGAAGACCAGCUGCUGCUGCUGCUCUUAGUGAUGUGGUGAUGCUGACCUCCGGGCCGCCGGGAUCUGAACCUCAUCAACAUGUGGGCACCUUUCGUGCCGUCCAGAUGAGCCGGAGUUAAUCUGCGGGUUUUAGCGGUCUGAUCUUGGCUCGGCGGCAGAGGAAAGAGACGCCUCUGACUGACGGCUUCUUCUCUUCACUGGGAGUCGGUGCAAACAGUGAGAGCAGAAAGAGCUGGAAGCUGCUCAGAAAACAUCUGCAAACAUCUCCGGUCACCUUCUUCCACUCUUUGCUCCUCCUUUACACCCAAAGCCUCGUAUUUCUAACUGGAAACACAAAAUGAAGAGCACAACUCUCUAACUCUUAAAUUCUUAUAUUUCCUUUCAAAAAAUUUUAAUAUUAUUGGAAAAUUUGUUAAUUUCAGGAACAUAAUUCACAAUGUAAACACAUUGAAAAGGUUAAUUAUACACAGAGGCUGUUUUGUUUAUUUCAGUCAUAAUCAUUUUCUGCUUACAGCUCAUAAAAAUAUUACAUUUAAG